AUUAAACAUACUUUUGAAUGUGUUAAUUUUAUAUGUAUGUAUGUAUGUAUGUAUAUGUAUAUAUUUCUAUAAUUUAAGAUAUUUUAUUUUAUUUUAUUUAUUCUGCAAAGAAUAUGAAUGCAUUUUUAGCAUUUCAAGGCUAGUUGCAUUUCACUAUACUUAAAUCAUUCAUUAACACCGCUUUUUUACGCUUUUAGUACAUAUCAUAUUUGUAUAAUGUACCUCAAUUUUAUUUUUACUGUGAUGAAAGAUUCAAGAAAACCAAUCAACAUCGUGGAAAACUGUCAACAAUAAAAUUGAUAACAUCUCCUUUUUAAGAGUGGAUUUUUGACAUUUAUUACAUAUAUAUCAUGUAUUUGUUAAUGUUAUAUAUUUAUUAUAUUUUUAUUAACUUAUUAUACUUUUCUCGCGUACCAAUAUUCAGCAUUUACAUUACAAAAUAACUUUUUAUAUAUUUUAGUUUUAUAAAAUUGUAUGUAGGCGCAUUGUGAAGCCUCUUGAAGAACAAACUGGCUUUACGUGUGUGUACAUGAUAUGUGAAUCUGUGAAAAACUCAAGUGACCUUUUUUAAGUGCAAAAGAUCUCGAGAUCUCGGAAUUGAGUGUAUCAAUUUUAAUCGGACUGGUCGCAAUCGAAAGCUCACAUUAAUAUUAUAUAAUAAAAUUGCCAUUAGAUUUUUUAUUAUAAUUUUAGUUUCUGAGAUAUUUUAACUGAAAAUGAAUUUGACAGCUAAAUUUCAGAUAAGGCUUAGUAGCGCCGCGACAUUUGCGCAGUGAAGUUUGUGUCAAGCGGCACGAUUCUUCGGUGCCGCGUCGCUACCGCGUCACUUGAUAAAACUAAGUUAAGAGCGCAACUUGUGUGUGAUAAUUAUAUCACUAAAUAUAUUACGUAUGCUUUUAAUAUUAUUACAAUAUUUUCUCAAAAAUAAUUUAAUUAGUUAAUUAAGCAUUCUUAUUCCUAUACCCUACUAAACUUUCUAAAGAUGUUCUUAAAAUGUCCUUUGGAUGUUCUAUGAUUUCGGAUAUGGGUAUGAUAUUAUUAAUUAUUUCGAAAUUAUUGCACUUUAAGUUGCAUUGUUAAUAUUUGUAAAUAAAAUUUCUUUAUUUACUCCAAUAGAAAGGGCUUUUGGACCCAUGCCGCGUCCAGAUACAACAUUGCGCCGUCAACACAACGUUAACGCGUGUUUGUUAAUUCAGAUAAUGUAUCUGAUACUAAAUAUUUUGCAUCUAUUUCGAUAUGCUUGAGUGACUUUUCUAAAAGAGAAAGGUUUUGUCAAUUGUUAGAUAUGAUAAGCGUGUACUAUGUGAUAAGCGCUUAUAUAAAAAUCAUUUCGUAAUGAUGAAUUCAUUAGUAAGCAAUUUAAUAAGCAAAGAAAUAGAUAUUGGUCUUCAAUUUUAGCAAAUAGAUUUUUCGCGAUGAAAGAGAUUUACUUAGUGGCAAUUUUACAUAUGGCCACAUUGAGUGCUGCUGCCCUUAAUGAAGCAUCAAUAGCUGAUUUUUCAACAAAAUGUCCCAAAGAUAAUCCAGGCAACAAACCAAUGUUUAUACCUCAUGAAAGCGACUGCACAAAAUUCUACGAUUGUCAUAUGGGGGAGAAAGGGGAUCCACUACAGUGUCCUAUCAUGGAUAAGAAUGGCAACAGAUUACACUUCAAUCCGAAACUUCAGGUAUGUGAUUGGCCAUGGCAAGCAGGAUGUCAGGUAUCGUCAUCGACACCGUCAGCGAGUACUACGACGCCAACGAUCCCAUCAACGAGUACUCCGACGCCAACAACCCCAUCAGCGAGUACAUCGACGGCAACAACCCCGUCAACGAGUACUCCAACGCCAACAACCCCAUUAGCGAGUACAUUGACGGCAACAACCCCGUCAACGAGUACUCCGACGCCAAUCACCCCGUCUACGAGUAUGUCGACGGUAACAACCCCAUCAACAAGUACUCCGACGCCAACGAAUCCGUCAGCAAGUACGUCGACGCAAACAACCACAUCAGUGAGUACGCCGUCGCCAACAAUCUCGUCAGCGAGUACUCCGACGCCAACAAUCCCGUCAGCAAGUUCGUCGACGCCAAAGACCCCAUCUGUGAGUACGUCGACGCCAACGACCCCGUCUGUGAGUACGCUGACGCCAACGAUUUCGUCAGCGAGUACGCCUACCCCAACGACCCCGUCAGCGAGUACAUCGACGGCAACAACCCCGUCAACGAGUACUCCGACGUCAAUCAUCCCGUCUACGAGUAUGUCGACGGUGACAACCCCAUCAACAAGUACUCCGACGCCAACAAAUCCGUCAGCGAGUACGUCAAUGCAAACAACCCCAUCAAUGAGUACGCCGUCGCCAACAAUCUCGUCAGCGAGUACUCCGACGCCAACGAUCCCGCCUUCAAGUACGUCGACGCCAACGACCUCGUCUGUGAGUACGUCGACGCCAACGACCCCGUCUGUGAGUACGCUGACACCAACAAUCCCGUCAGCGAGUACGCCUACCCCAACGACCCCGUCAGCGAGUACACCGACGCCAACGACCCCGUCUGUGAGUACGCCGACGCCGACGAUCCCGUCAGCGAGUACGUUUACCCCAACGACCGCGUCAGCGAGUACACCAACGCCAACGAUCCCGUCUGUGAGUACGCCGACGCCAACAACCCUGUCUGUGAGUACGCUGACGCCAACAACCCCGUCAGCGAGUACGCCUACCCCAACGACCCCGUCAGCAAGUACACCGACGCCAACGACCCCAUCUGUGAGUACGCCGACGCCAACGACCCCGUCAGCGAGUACGCCUACCCCAACGACCAGGUCUGUGAGUACGCCGACGCCAACAAUCUCGUCAGCGAGUACGCCUACCCCAACGACCCCGUCAGCGAGUACACCAACGCCAACGACCCCGUCUGUGAGUACGCCGACCCCAACGACCCCGUCUGUGAGUACGCCGACCCCAACGACCCCGUCAGCGAGUACGCUUACCCCAACAACCCCGUCAGCGGGUACACCGACGCCAACGACCCCGUCUGUGAGUACGCCGACGCCAACAACCCCGUCUGUGAGUACGCUGACGCCAACAACCCCGUCAGCGAGUACGCCUACCCCAACGACUUCGUCAGCAAGUACACCGACCCCAACGACUCCGUCUGUGAGUACGCCGACGCCAACGACCCCGUCUGUGAGUACGCCGACCCCAACGACCCCGUCAGCGAGUACGCCUACCCCAACAACCCCGUCAGCGAGUACACCGACGCCAACGACCCCGUCUGUGAGUACGCCGACGCCAACAAUCUCGUCAGCGAGUACUCCGACGCCAACAACCCCGUCUGUAAGUACGCCGACGCCAACGACCCCGUCUGUGAGUACGCUGACGCCAACGACCCCGUCAGCGAGUACGCCUUCCCCAACGACCCCGUCAGCAAGUACACCAACCCCAACGACUCCGUCUGUGAGUACGCCGACGCCAACGACCCCGUCUGUGAGUACGCCGACUCCAACGACCCCGUCAGCGAGUAUGCCUACCCCAACAACCCCGUCAGCGAGUACACCGACGCCAACGACCCCGUCUGUGAGUACGCCGACGCCAACGAUCCCGUCAGCGAGUACACCUACCUUAACGACCCCGUCAGCGGGUACACCGACGCCAACGACCCCGUCUGUGAGUACGCCGACGCCGUCAACAAGUACUCCAACAGAAGUUCCUACACGAGAUCCCAACAAGCCCCGUGAGACUUGCCCUCCAAAGGGUUCAACAGAUAAAGCACGGAUAGCGCACCCAUGUCUAUGUAACCAAUAUUACGAAUGCGUAGACGGUAAGAAGAUAUUAGAAACAUGUCCAUUUGGCAAGCAUUUUGACUACGUGAAAGAGGUUUGCGAUUGGGCCGUAAUUGUAAAUUGUAUUCGGCCGAUUCCGACUUUUGACAUUCCAAACUUUGAUCUUCAAAUUAACAACUAUAACAUUACGUGCGCUCCAGAGGGUAGAACAUUUCAGCAUGAGACCGACUGUUCGGCCUUUUAUUUAUGUUUAAACGGUGAGAAAACUUUAAUGCACUGUACGAAAGGACUUUAUUUUAACAUGACUAUCCAGACGUGUGAUUAUCCGCAAAAAAGUUGCGAUCUAAAAGAUUCCCCGCCAAUAAUUGGUAUAGAUUUCUGCCCCCCUCCAGAUUCUAGAAAAAAAGUACUUUUGGCUCACGAAUGUAAAUGCACACAGUAUUAUGAAUGUAUUGGUGGAAAAAAAAUUCUUCGAUAUUGUCCAAAUAAUCUGCAUUUUGAUUACGUUAGACAAAUUUGCAAUUCUCCAACUGAGGUCAAAUGUGACAAUUACAUGACUUCGACAACGUCUAGAACAGUAUCUAUAACAACAUCAACUACAAAAACUCUUGUUAAACCACGCAUAACAUGUCCUCCCAAGGGAUCAACGGAGAAAGCUCAGCUUCCUCAUCCAUGUCUAUGCAAUCAGUAUUAUGAGUGUGUGGAAGGCGACAUGGUAUUACGAACAUGUCCGAUUGGCAUGAACUAUGAUGACGCAAAUAAAAUUUGUAAUUGGACUACUAAAGUAAAAUGUAUCCAAUCACUUUCUCACGACAUCCUAAUUAACGACCACGAUACUAAAUGCUCCCCGGAUGGCAAAGCAUUUCAGCACGAAACUAAUUGCACUAAGUAUUAUUUAUGCUCUAAGGGUAAAAAAAUCUUAAAAUCUUGUUUAGAAGGGCUCCACUUUAACGUUGGUUUACAAAUGUGCGAUUAUUCACAAAAAGAAUGUAAUCUGAGUACACGUCUACCGACAAUUGGCUUAGGCAUUUGCCGUCCCACAAAAUCCGCAAAAAAGGUACUGUUGCCCCAUGAGUGCGAAUGUACGCAAUAUUACGAAUGUAUUAAUGGAAAACAGAUUCUUCGAGAUUGUCCAAAUGGCUUAUAUUAUGAUCAUGUUCGUCAGAUUUGCAAAGAGCCGGCAGAAGUCAAAUGCGUCAAUCCCGCACCAAUUCCCAGAAAACAGUCAUCCAAUACUCAUGAGUCAGAUAAAUGUUUCAACGAAAAUAGUAAAAUACGUCACGAAUAUGAUUGCAGAUCUUACUAUAAAUGCAGUAAUGGCGAGAAGAUCUUAAGGAAAUGUCCCAGAAAUUUAUACUUUAAUCCAAAACUUCAAGUUUGUGAUUUUCCAGAAAACGUCAUCUGUGACGCUGGAUAUGAAAACGUUCCCAGUAUGCCAUCAUCAAAUAAGUGCGGCAUGACAAUAGAGAUCACUAAAAUUCCUCACGAGACCAAUUGCAAUCUAUACUACAUAUGUGAAAAGGGCAUCAGUACUCUUCAAAAAUGCCACUCUCAAAACCUUGUUUUCAAUCCUAUUUUAAAAGUCUGCGAUUUCCCAGAAAACUAUAUCUGCAACCUAGCACAUACAAAAAGCGCUAAUCUUCUUGCAUCGGUAUCUGUCCUGAAGAAGAUCCCAAAUAUAUAGUGUUACUUCCGAAUGAUAACUGCAGGAAGUUUUGUAUGUGCAGCAACGGCAUGGCAUGAUUUAAUCAUGUCCUGAGCCUUUCUAUUUUGAUUCUGUUCACAAGAUUUGUAAACAGAAAAAGGACGUCGUUUGUAAAGUUCGCUCAUAAUCAGAACGGCGAUUUCAUAAAUAGAUCGGUUUGUAAUAAUAAUUUGUAGAACCUUUGACAAAUAAAAAUAUUGAAUACGGGAUUUAUGACAGAUCUCGAUCUUCUACUUGUAUCGGUACUUAUUGUGAAGUACUGGAUCUUUACGACGGUAUAUGCAGUACUGUUUCUAAAUGACGACUGCAAAAAAUUUUGUUUGUACAGCAACAGUUUGGCCUACGUCCAGCCGUGUGCUGAAUCACUUUACUUUGAUUGUGUUGAAAAGAUCUGCAAAAGAAGAAAAAUGCCGUUUGUGCAGUACGCACAUUUGAUUGCUCGUUAACCGACAAUUCGUUGAAAUCCUGAACCUUUUGAUUUCAAUUCUGUCAAAAAAUUUGCAAAUAAAAUAAAAGAUGCCAUAUGUGGAGUAAGUCUAUUUAAAAAAGACGCCAGUUUGUAAAAAAUAAUCAACCAAGAUAAAUCCAUAAUAUUUCUGAGGCAACAUCAUGGCAAACAUAAUAGUUAUUUCAAAAGUGUAGCUUUAGUUCCAAUUUUUAUUGAAUUGUUUAAAAGUUUGCAAUUUAU